AUGCCAGUCGAACACGUAUGUGUUAAUUGUAAGUCUGGCAUCCGCCGGGCAUUGGACUUCUACUGUAGGGGAUGCAGCUGGCGCAGUUCUGCUUGGGGCUGUUGCAACCUUUGCCUGAAAAGCCUCGACUCACUCGAAGGUAGAGGCUUCUGCUUCCGAUGUGUACCAAAACAAAGACAUGAGUUUUCGAACUUGCCACCUCUUGAGGAUUGGGAGCUGGCGAAGAGGGACGCCAUGUUUAUACUCACGUCCUUCUAUAGGCCAAUGCCUGUCUGUCUUUUUUGUCGCAAGUUCUCAGAUGGUGGUAUCGACUGUGGUGAGCACAGUGAUUUCGAUGAAGACAAUCGUCAAGAUGUUACCUCGAUUGUCUCCACAGAUGCCAUCAUGGUAGGGAAAUAUCCGCAGCCAAGCACCCACAGUUUCGCCUGGGAGCAACGACAGGGCGUUGUCGGUGGUAUCGAGCUUCCUUCUCUUGAGGACGCAGGUAUCACAAUGGACUGGUUCAUAGAACAGCUGAAGAUCGAGCAAGAAUGGGCCAAAUUGUAUCCUUAUGCGCUCUCACCAAUUGCAGAGUCCGGCAUCAUGUUCAUCAUGAGGACAAGCGCGCCCCAAGAUUCUUGGGACAAGAUGAAGACCCUGAUACUAGUCAACAAGUUCCUUAAUGGCUUGGUAUCAGGGUCUCAUACAGAACAUAACAACACCAGACUGAUCUUUCAUCCGUGGCCACAACCAGAGUUUAUGCCGAACAUCGACCCUCGCGGGUCCAUGAGACCAUCACCCCUGGAAUGUCCCAAGGCAAACCUCCAGGAGAUCUUUUCGACCUUUUUCGACCAUGUCCUCUGGACAAGAGCUACCGACGUUCACUCAUUCAAGAGCCAGAUUCCUCGCGACAUAUACGAUCACGUACGAUGUGCAUAUCGCGGGAAAGCACUGCUCUCACGUACCCUGGGGUGUCACCUUGCCGCUUCCGAUGCCCGCUUGAAUAUCAGUCCUGAACUCGUUGUAUAUGGACCAGCCAACGAUGGAACCGAUAGGCCUCAGCCUGUAACCAGCCUCAAGAACAGCCAGAUGGGCAGCACACCAGCACGGUUCAUCAACCCAGCUCUGCUCGCUGAAGAGUACGAACGCAGACACCCAUAUUGGUCCCAGCACAGACAGAGAAAGCCCUGGGAGCUGCCAGAGAGGUACUCCCACCACUCUGUAGAGGACCCGGUGAUGUCGCAAAUGAUUAUGCUGGGACAAAUCGAACAUUACAUCGAUCGAAACAAGCCGUGCUGGUCUGAUGAGAUCUCCGACGCCCGAAAAAACGACAUCGAGUGGCGAACGCAGCCCCAGCAUCCUCUUCUCCGCCACCCCCUAUCCAUGGUGAUGCAUACCAACGAUGGCCUCGGCCCACGAGAUACACCCUUGAAUGCGAUUACUGGUCCUUCGGGAAUUCCGCGUGCACCAAACUUCGGCAAUAGGCUACAACCUGCUCGAACAGAGAUCCCAGGGGAAGCAUUUCGCACUGCGACAAUGGAAUCGAACACCAUAAGUGAUCAAUUUCGAACACUUGAGCUCGAGGAUUUUGGGGAGGAAGACGAUUCCGAGAUGGAAGAGGAUGAUUCUGAAGACGAGAGUGACUCUGAGAUGAACGAAGAUUGA